AUGGAUGACUUCAAUAUCAUCGCCCUCAAGCGUUUUGUGAGUCCAUCAGCGCUGCUUGGACUCGCUGGUCUUUGGCUUGGUUAUCGUGUCGCUCUCGCACUUUACAACAUCUCCCCUCUCCACCCACUCUCCAAGUUCCCUGGGCCAAAGAUUGCCGCUGCCUCUUAUGUCUAUGAGGCUUACUAUGACUGGAUCCUCCAAGGCCGCUAUGGUAGGAGGAUAGAGAAGAUGCAUGAGCAAUAUGGUCCCAUCGUUCGGGUGAGCCCUGAUGAACUCCACUGCAGCGAUCCCUAUUUUGCCGACGAGAUCUACACAGGAAAGCCAGGCCGAAUCCGCGACAAAUGGCAGCACCACCUCAAGAUAGCAGGUGCUAGCCCAGCCUCACAGGCAACCGGCACAGCUGGGCCCCAUGAGUUGCAUCGCAAGCGCAGGGCUGCCCAUGCACGCUUCUUCUCACGUGGACAAGUGCUCAAGCUCGAAGACGAAGUACUAAAAUUCGCCGAGCUCUUCAUCCAAAAAAUGCUGCGCUGGACUGGAAAGGAAGCCUUUGAAGUCAAGGGCGCCUUCAAUUGCUACACUGCCGACGUCUUCUCGCAGUAUGCCUUUGGAGAGCCCAUGGGCUUUAUUGAGCAAGAGGGUUGGGAACCCAACUUUGGAACCUGGACGUCAUCCUUCUUGAAAACUACUUACAUGAUGCGUCACAAUGCGCUGGCCAGGCGAUUAGCUGAUAUCCUACCCAUCUUUGCUGACUAUAUGGGAGAGGAUGUCAAGAGGAUCAUGCACCAGAUGAAUCAUGUCAUCCCAGCCUAUAUCAAGACAGCCCUGGCGAAUCCCGACGGCGGUCGUGUCUUUAACGAGAUUCUGAACUCCAAUGUCCUACCUGAAGAGGAGAAGACCAUGUUUCGUCUCUCAGGCGAGGGAUUCGUCUUUCUUUUGGCUGGGACAGAAACCACUGCUGCUAUCCUUACUGUCAUGACAUUCCACAUGCUUCAUCAACCCAAGAUCUACGCUCGUCUUAUGAAAGACCUUGAAGGCAUUGAUCCCAACAAUCUCAAAUGGGCGCAACUCGAACAGAGACCUUACCUAUGGGCUCUCGUUCAAGAGUCUCUGCGGCACCAGCCUGGAGCAGCUGGUCGAUCUGCUCGUAUCGCCCGCGAGGAGGAUCUCUUUUAUAAGAGCCAAGAUUGCAAGACACAGUACAUGAUCCCGCGAGGCACACCUGUGAGCAUGACAGCCAUGAUUAACCACUGGGACACGCGAUUGUUUCCUGACCCUGAUGCUUUCAACCCUGAUCGAUGGCUGCUACCCGACGGCAAGCCCGAUUACACUCUUCAGAAAUUUCUCAUUUCAUUUUCAAAGGGAUCUAGAGUUUGCGUUGGUGAGAGUCUUGCCCUAUGCGAGAUCUACAUCAUGGCUGCCCUGAUGGCGUUUCGAGUCAUUCCCAAAUCGGAACUCUUCGAGACUACGAUUGAGGACCUUACGUAUGACCACGACUUGGUUGUGUUGCAGACCAAGAAAGGACAUAUUUCGACUCGCAUCAAAAUAUCUUGA